AUGAAAGCUAAUGCCAAGUUAUGCGCGCAUGAAGGGAAGGACUUGCAAGAUGGAGCAAUAUACCGACAGUUGGUUGGUAGUCUAAUUUAUCUAACAUGGACUCGACCAGAUAUCUCGUAUGCAGUUGAUGUAGCAAGUCGGUAUAUGCAACACCCAAAGAAACCUCAUUUGGAAGCAGUGCGGCGAAUGCUGAGGUAUGUCAAAGAUACCAUUAACUAUGGUCUCUUAUAUAAGAAAGGUGACGAGGUUAAGAUAGUUGGAUACUAUGAUGCUAAUUAUGCUGGAGAUCAUGAUACCCGUCGAUCAACUACUGGGUAUGUAUUCAAGCUUGGAUCUAGAGCUUUAUCUUGGUGUAGUAAAAGGUAA